AUGCAAUCAGCUGUCGACUUUUGAUUCUGAUCGAACGCUUCCGACCCCUUCUCGGCUACGCGAAAAGCACAACUACGCAGGCGAUCCCGAGAUCGACUAUCAUCAUGUCCGGCGGAAAGAACCCAAUGGAGGAGGCCUACCAGCGCCUCCGCGCCGUAGCGCAGCAGACUCAGCGACGAGGCGGAGGUGGUAUGCCUGGAGGACCUCGAGGUGUUGGUAUGGGCGUCGGAGCUAUGAUUGCCCUAGCAGGCACUGCCUUUUUUGCUCAGAACGCGAUCUUCAACGUCGACGGUGGUCAGAGAGCCAUCAAGUACCGGAGAAUUAGCGGCGUCGGCAAGGAUAUCUACAACGAAGGCACACACUUCAUGCUUCCCUGGCUCGAAACGCCGGUUGUAUAUGAUGUCCGCGCGAAGCCGAGGAGCGUCGCUUCCUUGACCGGCACCAAGGAUCUGCAGAUGGUUAAUAUUACAUGCCGAGUGCUGUCCCGACCGGAAAUCAAUGCUCUGCCGCAGAUUUAUCGCACUCUUGGCACCGAUUAUGACGAGAGGGUGCUUCCUUCAAUCGUGAAUGAGGUCUUGAAGAGUGUCGUCGCACAGUUUAACGCGAGCCAGCUGAUCACGCAGCGAGAGAUGGUUGCCAAGCUUGUUCGCGAGAACCUUUCGAGGAGGGCAGCUCGUUUUAAUAUCCUUCUUGACGAUGUGUCCCUUACGCAUCUCGCCUUCUCGCCAGAGUUCACUGCGGCUGUAGAGGCCAAGCAGGUUGCGCAGCAAGAAGCCCAAAGGGCUGCUUUCAUCGUCGACAAGGCUCGCCAGGAAAAGCAGGCUAUGGUCGUCAAGGCACAGGGUGAGGCACGGUCAGCUGAGCUGAUUGGUGACGCCAUCAGAAAGAACAAGGCCUACGUCGAGCUGAAGAAGAUCGAGAACGCUCGUUUCAUCGCCCAGCAGAUGCAGGAAUCUGGCGGAAAGAACAGGCUCCUGCUAGAUUCCGAGGGUCUAGGUCUCAAUGUCUUUGAGAAUGUGGAAAAGAAGUAGAGCACAUUGAGCUUCUCAUCGCCACCGAUUCCCCAGGAUGCUAAAUCUCCACUGUACUACACCAAAGCCGAUCCGGCUAACCUGUACUAUACUCCCAUUAACGAACAGCCUUGAGGGUUGAUCUUAGGAUCAAACACCGAGUCCGUCUCUAC